AUUCGUUUGUCAUGGAGGUCUUCAUCGUGCGGCACGGCGAGAGGUGUUUCACUCAUGCCAGUGCCAUCACUGAUCUCCACCAGCUCAAUUGCAUGUGGCUGCCUGCUGCAGAAUCGACAUGGUGGAGUCCGGCUGGCUGCGCAAGGCAGGCCACAACAGAAAGCAUGACCCACACCUCGCGCGUACGUCCCCGACCAACGACAGACAGAAAUGUCAGUGCAUUCAUAUCUUUGCUUGUCUGUGGGUGUGGUGUUCGCGUGUGCAGCGAAGGGCUGGAUACAGGCAAAGGAAACAGCAGAGAGGCUGGCGGCCAUCCUGACCAGAGAUGGCAUGAAGGCCCCUGCUGCUGUGUGCAUCAUCUCGUCGCCGUUCGUUCGUUGUAUUGAGACGGCCAGCGUGGGCGGACCCGGACACACAGACAGACAGGGGAAUGAAUCCCUGUACGUAGGUUGUAUGACAUGAUGUUAUGCUAUGUGUGUGUAGGUGAUUGCCGAGAAGCUGGACGCGCCAUCCAUCAAAGUCGAGCCAGGUGGGCAGUGCAACACAGCCCAGCCCAGCCCAGCUGUCUGUCCGUGAAUGGAUGCAGGUAUCUGUGAGGUGAUUCACGUCUCGCCGCCCGAGUACCUCUCUGCAGAACAACUCAAGGAGACCUUCCCAAGGUACGUCAGGAGAAGCACAACACCCGAAACAGCCACAGGGAUCAAUCACGCUCCUUGCUUUCUUUGCCCUGGCUGGCUGUGUGCGUGGUGCGUGUGCAGGAUAGACGAGUCAUACGUGGCGCAGAUGCACCCAUCAGCAGCUGAGUACGGAGACGACAUCUGCAUCCACCGAUCGGCCAAAGUCGCCAGGACUAUAUGCGCCCAGCAUGAGCAGACGUCGCCCUCGACGCCUUUGGUGUUUGUGGGGCAUGGCGCCUCGUGUGCGGGCAUCUUUGACGGUUUAGUCGGGCGCGUGUCUUACCAGGGGCUGUGUACGGUGACGCACCUGGUGCGGCCGACACCCGGCGAGAAGUGGAGGGUGCUGCUGGAGGGCGAUGCUGCUCACCUGUCGGGUGAGCUCGAUAUCACGCAACAUCCAGCUGUCAGCAGUCUGUGUGCCGUGUGUGUUUGCUGGCAGACAAAACAAAUCUGCGGCCCUACUGACUGUUGCGUUUGGGCAGCUCCUGAGUGUUGUUGCUGUUGCACAGUUCAACCGAGCGGUCUUUCUGUGUCGGGGCUUUCGUCGGUCUACAGGCAGCAGCUGGUAGAAGUUCAGACACAGAGAUAAGGACUCUGUGCCUGAACAAUCUGCUGGUUGCUGCCGAGGGCAGAUGAGAGCCAGACAUGGAAAGGCUGACGAUAGAUACUGCAGAGGAAUUUUACUAGUAGGGAUGGCGGGUGCAGUGCAUGCGCAUUUUGGAUAACGUGUGUGGUCCUACAAUAUGCAGUAUGGGCCGCUCAGACGAUGGGUGGGUGCCAGGAAUCGGACGUCAUUACAUAUUCCAUAAGGUU